AUGGCGCGUGUCAUCGCGCUCUUUUUAUUGUACACAAGCAUCGCGCGCGCAGAGAUUUUAACACCCCCGUAUUUCAACUUGGCGCUCGGCAAAAAGAUUACCGCGACAGCGACCUGUGGAGAUGAAGGACCCGAACUUUACUGCAAACUUGCCGGAGCCAAUGCUGAUCACGAUGAACAUGUUAUUCAAGGACAGGUGUGCGACAUCUGUGAUUCGACAAAUGAAGUGAAGAAACAUCCACCAGAAUUCGCUGUAGACGGUAUGGAGACCUGGUGGCAGAGUCCUCCGCUGUCAAGGGGAAUGAAAUAUAAUGAAGUCAAUUUAACUAUAGACCUUGGACAGGAAUUCCACGUAGCCUACGUGUUCGUUCGCAUGGGUAAUUCACCACGACCCGGUCUAUGGGCGCUCGAAAAAUCUACUGACUAUGGAAAAACAUUCAAACCGUGGCAGUAUUUUUCCGACUCUCCGCAAGACUGCGAACGUUAUUUUGGAAAGGAAAGUCUUCGGCCCAUCACAAGUGACGACUCGGUUAUCUGCAGCACGGAAUACUCUAAAAUUGUGCCUUUAGAGGGUGGAGAAAUACCAAUAUCUCUCUUAAAUUAUCGUCCGUCUGCGAACAAAUAUUUCAACUCGUCAGUUCUUCAAGAGUGGACGCGAGCAACGAACGUGAGACUUCGCUUGCUGAGAACUAAGAACUUAUUAGGUCACCUUAUGUCUGUUGCACGUCAGGAUCCUACGGUUACAAGAAGAUACUUCUACAGUAUAAAGGACAUAAGUAUCGGAGGUCGGUGUAUGUGCAACGGUCAUGCCGACACCUGUGAUCCAGCUGUGCCUGAAAGCGACGCGAGUAUCCUCGUAUGCCGCUGCCAGCAUAACACUUGCGGUCCUCAAUGUGCUGCUUGCUGUCCAGGUUUCGAACAAAAGAAAUGGCGUAUAUCGCAGAAUUGGGAUCGUUUCGCCUGUGAACCCUGUAAUUGCCACAAUCACACGACAGAGUGUGAAUAUGACACUGAAAUUGAUGAGAAAAGGCUAUCUCUGGACAUACAUGGCCGCUACGAAGGCGGGGGAGUGUGUAAAAACUGUCAACAUAAUACCGAGGGAAUUAAUUGUAACAAGUGCCAACCUACAUAUUAUCGCCCGUACGGGAAGCGAUGGGGUGAAAUCGAUGUUUGCCAACCUUGUAACUGCGAUCUGCACUACUCAACUGGUAAUUGCGAAGAAGAGACGGGUCGCUGCGAAUGCCGAAAAGAAUUCAACCCACCGAACUGUGAUUCCUGCGCAUACGGCUAUUUUGAUUACCCUAAUUGCAAACCAUGCACCUGUAACUUGAAUGGUACUGAAGGACAGCAUUGUACGCCUACGGAUGGAGUGUGUCCAUGCAAAUAUAAUUACGCUGGAACCUCUUGUGAAAUAUGCGCCGAUGGAUAUUAUUCACCGGAAUGUAAAAACUGCGAAUGUAACUCAGUGGGAUCUGUUUCUCAAGUUUGUGAUAAAGAUACAGGCAACUGCACUUGCAAGAGCAAAUACAGCGGAAGGACAUGCAAUCAGUGUGAAGCAGGCUACUACAAUUAUCCGACGUGCAAACAUUGUAACUGCGACACAAGUGGAACCCAACCAAACAUUUGUGAUGAUGUCACUGGUCAAUGUAUUUGUAAAAUUGGAUUUGGUGGCGCCCGAUGUGAUCAAUGUUUAUCAGGGUUCUAUAUGGAGUUGAGGGGUCGUGAGCGAUCAUGUGUUCCUUGCAACUGUUCCCCAACUGGAUCCACAUCAACUAGCUGUUCAGCAGAUGGCAAAUGCAACUGUCUUGCAAACUUUGGUGGCAAACAGUGCGAACAGUGCUCUCCUGGCUAUUAUAAGUACCCUGAAUGCUUGGCAUGUAAUUGUGAUGAAUCUGGUACAAUUGGUUCAACCUGUGAUGACAAUGGGCAAUGUCACUGCAAACCCAACUUUGAUGGUACCAAAUGUGACAAAUGUAAGGAGCAAUUCUACAACUACCCAGCAUGUGAGGAAUGCAACUGCGAUCCAAGAGGUGUCAUCGCUUCAUUUGCCGGUUGUGGCUCAGUGCCUGCUGGAGAGUUAUGUCAAUGCAAAGAACGAGUACAGGGACGCAUCUGUAACGAUUGUAAAUCUCUGUUCUGGAACUUACAGGAAUAUAAUCCAUAUGGAUGUGAAGAAUGUAACUGCAACGUCGCUGGAACACUGGGUGGAUUGGGUGCUUGCAACACUCGCAAUGGUCAAUGUACUUGUAAGAUGCACGUAGGAGAGAGACAAUGUGAUAGCUGUCAAGAUGGCUUCUACAGCCUACGGACGCACGACCUCUUUGGAUGUACUGCUUGCGACUGCGACAUUGGUGGCUCAAUCGAUAACAACUGCGACAAGAAUACGGGUCAGUGUCGGUGUCAUUCGCGAGUUGAAGGAAGACGGUGUGACCGGCCGAUACGAGCUCACUACUUCCCGACGCUGCACCAGUUCCAGUACGAAGUAGAGGAGGGUCUAACUCAGUCUGGACCGGUCCGAUACAGGAACUCUGAAGAUGUCUUCCCGGGGUAUUCGUGGAAAGGUUACGUCGUAUUUUCUCUACUGCAGAAUGAAGUUAUCAACGUAGUACACAUCGACAAGUCAUCUCUAUACCGCAUCGUGUUGAAGUACGCGAAUCCACUACGUGACCCCGUUACGGCGACUAUCGUUAUAACGCCGGAGAGCGUUGUUGAAUCUCAGCAAAGGUUCAACGUAAAUCUACGUCCUACGAUACAACCGCAGUUGGUCACCGUGCAGUUGGAGAAAGGCAAUGCCCCUGCGCCCUUCGUCAUGAACGCUGGUAACUGGACCGUCACUAUUAAGACUACCAAGGAAAUUAUGAUUGAUUACUUCGUUCUAGUGCCCGAAGCAUACUACGAAGCCACAAUACUAGUUAAAGUAGUCGACAAGCCGUGUAUCAUUGGCGAUAGAAAGUUAUGUCGACACUUUGCGUACCCCAGCCUUAACGGAAGACCUACUGCUGACAUCACUACAUUGGUUACCCCCGUCGAUGAAUAUAUUAGCGAAGCGGAGCAAUUAAAAGAAUACAACGCCGGCCCCAGCGACAUACCACUACUGAAUGACGCUCAAAGCGAGCUACAAUUCAACCUGAAGAUUGACCCGAGCGGGCCCUACAUCCUCGUUAUCGAAUACGUGACGCCCAUCAACAAAACCGCUUUGACGUCUCUAACGUUUUCCACCAACGAUGAUGAGAGCUAUAAAUUCUCUCCUAAAGGAAUAGUAGUGAUUAAAUUUCAGUCUGGUGAUGGCCAAGAGUCAUUCGCUUUGGCCAACUUGAACGACUGUCCUUUCACAUCGCCAUGCAGGCAGGUUAUUUUGGACGAUCUGUCGCGGAUAAGCGUGUUCAAUGUACACGACGCAAACAAUGUUAUAUACCUCAAUGGCGAUGUUGGAACGUUAGCGGGAAUCAAAUCAAUAGUCGCUAUACCUGAAUCUGAAUGGCACUUAGAUUAUAUAACACCGCGCCCUUACUGUUUGCGACGGGAAGGGAAAUGUGUGCCAGCCGUUUUCUCGGCUGCGGUUGAUUCUAAAAAGGUCGAAGUAGAAACGGGAUUGGGUGGUGAUCGUGAAACUCGACCGCCUAUCCUGGAUAACUCCACCGUCGUUGUCUACUUGACCUCCCAGUCGGAGCCUAUCAAGAUCGAGUCCAGAGUACCAUCAGCAGGGGACUACAUGUUCAUAGUGCAUUACUAUCAACCUGAUCAUCCGGAGAGCAGCAUAGAUGUAACGCUAACGGCAGACGGACAGAACUAUGAAGCGAAAUUACCCGUUGAACACUGUCCAUCUAAUUCAGGAUGCAGGGCACUCCUUAAACUUGCAGAUGGUAACACCCAGUUUCCAAUCAAUGAAAACUUCACUAUCACGUUUAAGGGUGGCGAGCACAAAGGUAUAUGGCUGGACUACGUACUUGUAGUGGCGGAGUCAGAUUUUGUCGAAAGCGCACUUAAGGAGGCAAACAUGGUCGACUAUACGAGGGAGUUCAUCGAGAAAUGCGCCAUGAACCAUUAUUAUAUUAGUUCUAACGAAACUGGUUUUUGCCGCGACGCCAUGUUCUCAAUCACGUCGGAAUACAACAGCGGGGCCCUCGCUUGCCUCUGUGACUUCAUGGGUUCUACGGAGCUGGAAUGCAAUACCUUCGGUGGGCAAUGUCCCUGCAAGUCUAACGUCAUUGGUCGUACUUGUAGCUCUUGUCGUACCGGGUACUAUGGAUUUCCGAACUGUCUGCCGUGUCACUGCCCUUCGACAGCCAUUUGUGAUGAUAACGGUCAAUGCAUAUGUCCUAAAAACGUGGAGGGUGAAAACUGCGACCGGUGCAAGCCGUACACUUUCAACUUCGACGUUCAGCGCGGUUGCGACGACUGCAACUGUAAUCCGCUCGGUGUCAUUGACAACCAAUUACAGUGUGAGGCGGACAGUGGAAACUGCGCAUGUAAAGAGAACGUAAUAGGUCGUGUAUGCGACCACUGUGUGCCCGGACAUUACGCCUUCCCGGACUGUUUCCCUUGUACGUGCGACCUGGAUGGAACUACCGACGAUGUCUGCGAUCAGAACACGGCUCAGUGCUACUGUAAGAAGCAUGUUAGGGGACAGGCCUGCAAUACUUGUAAAGAAGACUACUUUAAUCUUCAACCGGAGAAUCCAGACGGCUGUACCAAAUGUUAUUGCUUUGGAAAGACUACGAGGUGCGGCAGUUCUUACUUGUCGUGGGCUGAGAUUAACGGUAUGGCAGAUUGGUAUCUAGUGAACAUUGAAGCGAACAGAACGCUAAACAUAUUCCCGCUAACAAUUUCGCCGACGAUACUCAACGAUUCGGUGAUCGGUGCGGAACUUGUCAGCAAUGAAGAUGGACUGCAGAAAGUUGUCUAUUUCGGAUCACCUGACUAUUAUCUUGGAAAACGGCUAACUUCGUAUGGUGGAUACCUAACUUAUUCGAUCUUCUACACGAGUAGAGAGGACGGCCAUGCAAUUGCCGCCGCUGACGUCAUAAUCGGUGGUUCCAACGGCUACAUAGUCCAUAAUAGCGUAGAACAGCCUCCGUCCCUGGAGAACUGGCUGCACAGCGUUAGGAUAACUGAGGACGAGUUUACGAAUCUGGACGGGUCAGCUGUGACGAGAGACCAAUUUAUGAACGUCUUGGUUAACGUUACAAGCAUUUACAUCAGGGCUACGUACUGGCAUGAGGCUGUUACAACAAGACUAAUUGGAGUGACGCUAGAUGUCGGUGUCGAAGAAUACGCCGAGGCUAACCGUAGGGCCACAUCUGUUGAGGAGUGUCAAUGCCCCAAGGCCUACCGGGGCCUAUCGUGUGAACAGUGCGCGGAAGGCUACUACCGCCUCAGUUCCGGGCCCCAUGCUGGUUUCUGCGUGCCGUGCCAGUGUAACGGCCAUUCUAAAGAGUGUGACGUUAAUACUGGUGUAUGCUUGGAAUGCACUGACAAUACAAUGGGCGACCACUGUGAGAUGUGCAUAGAAGGAUAUCACGGUGACGCAACCAUCGGGACACCCAGAGACUGUCUGAUAUGUGCCUGUCCUAUGCCCUACGUUUCAAAUAAUUUCGCUAUCGGCUGUGACCUCAGCGAGAACGGUUCAUUGAUUUCGUGUGUCUGCAAACCUGGCUACGGUGGAGCCCGCUGCGAAUAUUGCGCUGCUGGUUACUACGGAAAUCCAGAAGAAAUUGGUGACUAUUGUAAGCCGUGCAACUGUUCCGGUAACAUCAAUACAAACGACCCUAGUUCCUGCGACAGCAUCAGUGGGGAUUGUUUGAAGUGUGUCAACAAUACUGCUGGAGCCGCUUGCAAUCUCUGCGCGCCUGGCUUCUUUGGUGACGCUAUAUUUUCAAAGAACUGCACAGCGUGCUUCUGCGAUGAAUUCGGUAUGGAGCGUUGCGACCCGACGACGGGCACGUGUAUCUGUCGACCUGGUGUCAUUGGGCCUACAUGUGACCAAUGCGAACUGAACCAUUGGGGACUUAAUUCGGGACAAGGGUGUACGCCUUGUGAUUGUGGACUUGCUUCUGAAGCGGCUCAGUGCGAUGAUAAUACUGGACAGUGCAGAUGUGCAAAAGGAGUGACUGGAAGACAUUGCGAUCAAUGUGCAGCCGGUUAUUGGAACUACUCUAAAGACGGAUGUGAUCAUUGUAACUGUAACACGGGAUAUUCUGUCGGCUUUAUGUGUAACGCAACUGGCCAAUGCGAGUGUUUACCAGGAGUUAUUGGGGAGAAAUGUGAUCGUUGUCCGGAAAGAUGGGUGCUGAUACCUCAAGAGGGUUGUUUAGAGUGUGACUCUUGUACCGAUGCUCUUCUAACAUCUGUGGAAGACAUGCGUGAUUUAUUAGCCAACGAGACGCAAGAGUUUAAGGACAAAGCAGACUCUUUCUUCACAACGCAACGCCUCAACUACAUAUCAAACCAAACAGAACAGCUUCGGCCGAAAUUGGCCGAGUUGAAGAACGUUGAUGUAGCUGAAGUCACGUCUGCUGUUAAAACGCUGGAGACCAGCGCCAAGAAUCUAUUGCGAUCCGCCGAAUUUGCUGCAACAGACAGUGACAAGCAGAUAACUAGGGCUGCUGAACUCGCAGCCAGCGCUGACCAAAUUCUGGCAUCAGUUCGAGAGAACGGCGACAAGGCGAAAAAUAUUGUGUCGCACGUUGCGGAACUAGCCACCGGCCUCGAACUGAGCCAGCAACCGAAAGUCGACAGCGCCGUAGCAGAAGCGAAGCAGAUUAAGAGCGAUAUUGCUGACAAAGACCUGAAACCAAAGGAAGAACAAGCUCUCAAUGCCUUCUCAAACGCAACGGAACAAAUCGAACGUAUGAAUCUAUUUGUUGAACCAGUUAAUGAUCAUUCCAAGGAGUUUGCAAAGGUUGUUAACGAAACCAGCACAGUAAAGGAUAAAUUGGACGACAUGUUACAAUUCAUAGACCAAGCACAACGCAAAGCGGCCGAGGCGGAAGACCUUAAUGAAAAAAAUAAACUCUCCAAGUUCGGUAACAAAGUGAUGUCGGUGACACAAUUGAGCAGCGCGGCAAUGAAGGACUUGAUAGAUGCAGCAUUGGAUAUAAACAACGCUACAUACUACAACGUCUUCAUGCGGGGCGUAGUACAGAACUUGACGAAGGUGCUGGAAGAUCUGAACAAUACCAAGGAGAUGAUGGAGGAUAACUUGGAGAUAAUUGGCGACGACAUGCCCGAGCUGGAGAACUUAACGAGUGUGGCUUUGAGCCACGCGAGGAAUUUGAGAACUAGGGCGGACAGUCUUCGAGCGUUAGCAGAGCGUGAAAAUAACAACACAAGAACACAACACGCCUACACCGCAGCAUCCGCUUACAAGUCUAUCGUGCAAGAAAUCGGUGGCGCGAAGCAAGCAGCUGAUGAAGCUGAAUCCGCUAUCGCCAACGCUACUGCCAUCAACAACGACCUUAACGAGCAAGUGAUGCCAGCAAGAGAUAGAUCGUUGACGCUAUCAGAACGAGCCACCCAAGCUCUGCUUAUGGUCGAGCAAACCUUAAGACCAAACCUCACGCAAGCUGAAGCCAAGUUGAAGAAUGCCACCACUACACUUGGCUAUGCUGACGACGAAGACCACGCUGUGCAAUUAGCUUUACCGAAAGCACCUCAAAUAUCAUUGGAUGAACAAACCCGCAAGGCCGAUAGAGUUGCUGCCGUCGUGCAGUCGAGCUCAGAAAUUAUGUCCGCACUUGGCAAUGAUUUAGCAGCAAGUAAAGAAUGGGCGCAGACUCUACCCAAAAUUGCUGAUGAAGCUCAGAAGAUGACGCUGAAUGUUCAUAACUUGGUUAACGAUAUCAAAAACAUGGGGCCAAACAUAGAGUCGACAUAUCGCACUGUGAAGAUGCAACAAGAAAGUCUCGAAGACCGAAGGAAAUUCGCAGAUGAGAAACUACAAAAGCUUCGUGAACUUAUCGACCAGGCUAGAACCAUAGCAAACCGUAUGCCCAUGGGCGUGACCUUCGACACGCACACCACACUCCAGCCAAGACUACCGGACACCGUUGACGAGAUGUCGACGUCCACGCACGUCUCUGCAUACUUCCGCACGAAGGAGAAGAACGGUUUCCUCCUCUACCUUGGCAACCCUAAGGACACUAUGCUGCGGAGAACUAAAUCUGAUGACUUCAUGGUGCUGGAAAUACAAAAUGGCUACCCAUUCUUAGCUAUGGAUAUCGGAGACAGUGCGGAGUCAGGUCGUGAACCAGUCAGAAUCGGUAGUGAUAAAUUCGUUGCUGACAAUAGAUGGUACCAGGUUAUUGUGGAUAGAAUCGGACGUAACGUGAAACUGUCGAUACGCGAGAGCCUAGACAAUGGGUCGGACAGCGUCCACGUGAAAGAAGCAGUUCUUCCCGGACAGCAUACAAUCUUCAAUCUAGACCGGGAGAAGUCCAAGUUGUACGUUGGCGGUGUCCCGUCAGAUGCUAAGCUGCAAGGGGUGAGCUUCCCUGCGUUUGAGGGUCAGAUCGAGGAGCUAAUGAUCGGCGAUACGCCGGUGGGACUUUGGAACUUCCGUACAGCUGCUAACCUUAAGGGCGCAAGGCAGAGAGAUAAGCUAAUUACGUCACAGUCAGGACCGCAAGAAUACAGGUUCAAUGGAAGAUCACAUAUAACGAUGCCUGGUAGGGGCUACCUUGGACCGCAGAAGAACCAAGUGUUCCUAUUCUUCAGGACAUACGCGCCUGAUGGACUGAUAUACCUUGUUGGAGAGAAUAAGCACUUCUUCUCCAUACAAAUGCAGGAUGGACGCGUAUAUUUGCAGGUGUCCCUUGGUAACACCGACGACAUGGUAAUACUUGGCACUACGAAAUCCUACAACGAUGGCAAAUGGCACAGACUGGACGCAGCAAGAUAUUUCAGUUCGUGCUCACUCAAAGUGGACAACGAGAUAUUAAAGAUGGCGUCUGCGUCCGCCGUGAAAGAGAUCCCGGCCCUGGACACAAUGAACUUCGGAGGAAAUAAUAAGGGAAUAAUACAAGUGACAGAUAAAGGCUUCGACGGCUGUAUGCGUCAGAUUAGUAUAGAUGGAAUAAAUCUUGACUUGAGUGAGAAUGUUGAGUCUGUGGGCAUUGCUUAUGGAUGUCAGUUUGCGUCGCUCGUAUCGCUCUCUGGUGAAGACAGUUACCUUCGCUUCGUCGACAUCACCACGGAGAACCUGCAGCUCACCCUCAAAUUCAAGACGUCGAUGUCAGAUGGACUGUUGUUCCUGUACUUAAGCAGAACCCAGACGAACACCAUGCCUGAUAGCAUAUCGUUGUCUUUAAUUAAGGGUACUCUAGUGCUGAUGAGUCAACGCGAACGUCUAGACACCGGUAUCAGCACAUACAACGAUUCCCAGUGGCACGUUGUGGCCGUCACUCACAGCAAUAAGGCGCUAAGGCUGGUCGUUGACGACUUUGACUACUUCAGUACGGAUACAGCACCAGCUCCGCUCCACAUAUUGGAUGGCGUAUUAUUUGUGGGGGGCGUGCAGCCAGGUUACGUCGUAGGGGGUAAAGUUGGUUCAAAGGUGCCGUUCAAGGGUUGCAUAGCAGACGCAACUGUGAAUGGACGAGUCCUCAACUUGCUGGAACCGUACAGCAAUCAUAGCGUAACAUUUGGCCGAUGUGGUACUACCACUACCACGGGUGGUGUCUCACCAGACCAAUCGGCCUGGCCCGCCCCACCCCGAGAAGACGUGCUGCCGACGCCCACGUUUAAUGCAAAACCAGAGCAACCCAUAACUGAGGAUACGGGACCAAAGGUUCCAGAAUACGUCCCCGAAGAGACCACGGUUGCUACAACCACACCUCAGCCAGUCACUACUCGAGCAACCUUCUUCACUCAGCCAACACCGAGACUCACCACUAAAAUACCACCACCGCAGCCAGAAACGGGUUGCGCUCUUGCUUACGAUCCGCAAUAUCACAUAGGAGAUCCAGUGGAGGGCUACCGAUUCGGUUCUCGGAAUGACAGCCGCAUAGAGUACGGCAAGUUGCCGGGCAGACAGCUGGAAGGCUUCGACCUCACGAUUACUUUCCGCACCUUCGACCGUCAUGGAGGUCUGAUAUUCUACGCCCACGCUGACCGCGCGCCAUCACAAUUUCUCGCUCUAUAUAUGAAAGACGCUAAGUUACACUUCUCUUUUAACUGCGGUGGUGAGACUGCUUUAGUGUCAUCCAGCAAAACAUACAACGGCACGGAAUGGCACACGGUCACGCUGGUGCGGAAUGGCGGCCACGGCAAGUUGACCGUUGACUCUGACCACGUUGGCGAAACUAGUGUCACCUGCUUCGCGCCCGCACACCUCUCUCCUCCUUACUACUACGGAGGUUUGAACAACCUGAAUGGGUCUAUCACCCAGAAUCUUGAAGAUUUCUACCAGCCUUUCAUGGGUUGCCUCAAGGGAUUGCUGAUGAACGGUCAGCUGGUGACAGACAUCCGGGCUCGGGUCAACUCGCUCCGCUGCACGGACAAUGUUGAGGAUGGCGUCUACUUCGGACCCUCGAAUAACGCUCACAGCAAUUACUUAAAGCUCAUGGAGAACUUCAAAGUGGGCUUUGACAUAUCGAUAUCCAUGGAAGUGAAGCCUCGCAACUCGACCGGUCUGCUCCUGAGCGUUCACGGGCGACGGGACUUCAUGAUUUUGGAGCUUCUGGAGAACGAGGUCGUGGCUAACGUCGAGAACGGAAAGGGGCCCUUCCACGCCAGCUACAAAUUGGGCGACAAGUUCUCGCUCUGUGACGGAAACUGGCACAAGAUAUACGCUGUGAAGUCUCGUCACGUGGUAUCCGUGGGAGUCGACGGCCAUUUGUCAGAUGCGGGUAUCGGACAGUCCGGGUCAACGGACACACGCUCCGCGCUGUACAUCGGCGGACACGAGCGUCCAGUCUACAAGGUCCGCGGUGUCCGAUCCCGGCGAGGCUUCACUGGAUGUAUACGCAACAUCAUUAUAAACAACACACCCAUUAAUAUUCCCCUCAAUGCUGCCAAACGCAACACUCAUGUAGGCGUAUGUCCCAAUGAUUAG